GCAGCUGGUCUUGGAACGACUCGUAUGGCGUGGGCGACAACAGCGACCCUGAUGUUGCCGAUGGCAACUGGAGCGCGUUGGGGCACGCGGUGGCGGCAAUGGAGGAGGCGAGCAACUGGAGUUUGCCGGGUCGCCAGGGCAACUGGAGCGAGGGUGACCUGGCGAUGGAGGCGGAACAUAACUACUACGCGGUGCUCUACGCACUCCUCAUCCUCGCCAUUGUGUUCGGAAACGUGCUCGUGUGUAUCGCUGUGUUGCGGGAGCGAUCGCUGCAGACCACUACUAACUACCUGGUGGUCAGUCUGGCUGUUGCAGACCUGUUAGUGGCUACACUGGUCAUGCCCUGGGCUGUCUACCUGGAGGUGAUGGGCGGGGCCUGGCUCUUCAGUCGUCUCUACUGCAACAUCUUCGUGACGCUCGACGUGAUGAUGUGCACAGCCAGCAUCCUGAACCUGUGUGCCAUCAGCAUAGACAGGUAUACUGCUGUGGUCAUGCCGGUUCUGUACAACACCACCCACAGCUCUCGUCGGCGUGUGUCCAUCAUGAUUGCGGCCGUCUGGAUUCUGGCCUUCGCCGUCUCCUGCCCCCUGCUGUUUGGCUUCAACACUACAGACGACCCAGAGGUGUGUUCGAUCUCCAACCCCGACUUUGUGAUCUACUCGUCUGUGGUGUCGUUCUACCUGCCGUUCGUGGUCACUCUUCUGGUCUACAUCAGGAUCUAUGUGUUUCUCAGGAGAAGGCGAAAGCGAAUCGCAUUCAGACAGGCCAGCGGGAAAAUACAGCCAGGAUCCUCUCCCCUCUCCGUGGAGACGUGUUUGCAGGACACCAUGCUCAAGGACAGGAGAGAUCUGUCUCCCAUCAGGAUAAAAGUGGAGACCUCGGACCCGCCCCCCCAGACGAGAGCCCGGCUCCUGCCCAGUUGCCUGCGGCCGAAGAAGCCACGCACAGUUCCUGUGGAUAACUCACUACUUCCCCCCCUGGAUCUCCACAACUAUUGCAGCAUCAGCCAAGCCUCCUUCGCCCGCACCGAGGCAGACGGGCCUAACGAGGGGGAGGAGGGGGAGGAAGAGGAGGAAGAAGAGGGGAAAGGAGAGAGAGGAGAAGGAGGAGGAGGAGGAGGAGGAGGGGGAUCGUCAUCAGGUGAGGGGGUCAGGAGUGGCCUGAGCCUCAGGAGGAGUGUUGAGGUGAAGGAGAUGUCUAAUGGGCGGAGCCACAUCUCCCUCCGCGUGGCGCCGGGCCCCGUGCUCCGACCCAGCCAGAUACGCAACCGCAACAUGCAGACACGCGAGAAGAAGGCAACACAGAUGCUCGCCAUAGUGCUGGGUGUAUUUCUCAUCUGCUGGCUCCCCUUCUUCGUGACCCACAUCCUGAAUACGCACUGCUCCUCGUGCCACAUCCCCCCUGAGCUGUAUAGCGCCUUCACCUGGCUGGGGUACGUCAACAGCGCCCUCAACCCCGUCAUCUACACCACCUUCAACAUCGAGUUCCGACGGGCCUUCAUCAAGAUACUCACCUGCUGA